AUGAUUUUGAUAAAGAAGCCCUCUUCCAUCCCCAUUGCAACCAUACUACUUUCCCCCCGAACUGCCGCAGCCUAUACAUCCGGCUACGGAAUUCUUCACGGUAGAGUGUUUAACUCGAGAUGUGCUGGAGGCACAAGGGCUAAACGUCAAGCUGCUUUUUCAUCACCUACAACCUCCAAACCUGCGAAAGAGGUACCACUAACGCCCCUCUCAAUCCUCCCACUCAGUACCAUUAUCCGCUCUAUUGCUUUGAAGUCUAUUUUAUCUUCCAGAUAUCUCCUCCCUCCUUGUCUAGCUAUAACAUCCUUUAUUGCUAAUACUUCCUUGCGGCUUUUCUCACCUGAAAGCAAUCCGCUGGUUCAUAUCCUUCUCAAAUCAGUCCUUUAUAAGCACUUUUGCGCUGGUGAAACAUUGCCAGAAGUAAGAAAGACAACUGAUAGUUUAAGGUCCAUUGGAUAUAGUGGAGUCGUUCUUGCCUAUGCGAAAGAAACUGCAUGGGAUGAGAAGACCUCAGACUCGUCUACCAUUCCAGACUUCAUCAGCAAGGCUUCCAAGGAAGAAAUCAAUCGCUGGACGAAAGGUACCCUCGACACAAUAGCUCUAACGGUACCCGGAGACUUCAUUGCAUUGAAGCUAACUGGUGCCGGCCCUCAUGCCUUAAGCUUACUUUCUCGAAGCUUACCCCCAUCUACUGAAAUUCAGGAGGCUAUAAGUAAGAUUUGCAACACAGCAAGGCAGCACAAUGUGCGUUUGCUUCUCGAUGCAGAGCAUUCAAAUAUACAGAAGAGUAUUCAUGACUGGUCUAUAGGAUGGAUGGAACAAUAUAACACUUCCAAUAACGGUAGAGCAGUAAUCUACAACACCUAUCAAGCCUAUCUGAAGGAAACUCCGUUACUUCUAACAGAACAUCUGACCAUCGCAGGCCGUAAGAAUUUUAUUUUAGGUGUGAAACUUGUGCGUGGGGCUUAUCUCGAUAGUGAGCCUCGCCAUAUUAUUCACGAAACCAAGGAAGAAACAGACGAUGCAUAUGAUAAAAUUGCUGCAAAUCUUGUACAGCGCAAAUAUUGGGCUCCAAAACCUUGUCAGAGUGCUGAAGCAGAAUUUCCAGAUAUUUGUGUUAUGCUCGCCACCCAUAACUUGAUUUCUAUUCGAAAGGUGCAAGCAAUUCGGAAGUUACGGAAGGAAAGGGGUGAUAAAAACGUCGACUUAGUCUAUGCACAAUUACAAGGAAUGGCCGACGAAAUUGGCUGCGAGCUGAUCCUCUCCAGAAAUGUUACCUUGGAAAAGGAGGGAACUGAUCUGACGCAAGCGUACGUUUAUCUGGUUUGGGGUACAGUAGGUGAGUGUAUGAAGUACCUACUAAGACGCGCGGAUGAGAAUCGCGAUGCCCUACAGAGGAAGGAUGGGAAAGUAGAGGAAUGGAAAGAACUAAAAAGAAGACUUGGCAUUAAGUAUCUAGAAAAGUAUUGA